GCCGGGGCUUACGGUGGCGGGAGUUGGAGGCAAUAACUAGUUGUGUUCUAAGGGACGCCACAUAAGAUUUCUGCUGAAUCUGGGGGCAUUUCCACGGCUUCUCCCUCAGUUGAAAGUUUUCCUCCGGCCCAGAUGCUCUUCAAUUCGGUACUCCGCCAGCCCCAGUUUGGCGUCCCGAGAAAUGGAUGGUCUUCACAAUACCCUCUACAGUCCCUUCUUACUGGUUAUCAGUGCAACUAUAAUGAUGAGCACACUUCUUAUGGAGAAACAGGAGCUCCAGUUCCUCCUUUUGGAUGCACAUUCUCUUCCGCUCCCAAUAUGGAGCAUAUACUAGCAGUUGCCAAUGAAGAAGGCUUCGUUAGGUUAUAUAACACAGAAUCACAAACCAGUAGAAAGAAGUGCAUCAAAGAAUGGAUGGCUCACUGGAAUGCUGUCUUUGACCUGGCCUGGGUCCCUGGUGAACUUAAGCUUGUUACAGCAGCAGGUGAUCAAACAGCCAAAUUUUGGGAUGUAAAAGCUGGUGAGCUGAUUGGAACAUGCAAAGGUCAUCAGUGCAGCCUCAAGUCAGUUGCCUUUUCUAAGUUUGAGAAAGCUGUCUUCUGUACAGGUGGAAGAGAUGGCAACAUUAUGGUCUGGGACACCAGGUGCAACAAAAAAGAUGGAUUUUAUAGGCAAGUGAAUCAAAUCAGUGGAGCUCACAAUACCUUAGACAAGCAAACCCCUUCAAAACCUAAGAAGAAACAGAAUUCAAAAGGGCUUGCUCCUUCUGUGGAUUUCCAGCAGAGUGUUACUGUGGUCCUCUUUCAAGAUGAGAAUACAUUAGUCUCAGCAGGAGCCGUGGAUGGGGUAAUCAAAAUAUGGGAUUUACGUAAGAAUUAUACUGCUUAUCGGCAAGAACCCAUAGCAUCCAAGUCUUUCCUGUACCCAGGUAGCAGCACUCGAAAACUAGGAUACUCAAGUCUGAUUUUGGAUUCUACUGGCUCUACUUUAUUUGCUAACUGCACAGAUGACAACAUCUACAUGUUCAAUAUGACUGGAUUAAAGACUUCUCCAGUGGCUAUCUUCAAUGGACAUCAGAACUCUACCUUUUAUGUUAAGUCCAGUAUUAGUCCAGAUGACCAGUUUUUAGUCAGUGGCUCAAGUGAUGAAGCUGCCUACAUCUGGAAGGUCUCCAUACCCUGGCAUCCUCCUACUGUGCUCCUGGGUCAUUCUCAAGAGGUCACAUCUGUGUGCUGGUGUCCAUCAGACUUCACAAAGAUUGCUACCUGCUCUGAUGACAAUACACUGAAAGUCUGGCGCUUGAAUAGAGACUUAGAAGAAAAAUCAGGAGGAGAUAAACUCUCCAUAGUGGGCUGGGCCUCUCAGAAGAAGAGAGAGGUGAGAGCUGACCUAGUAACAGUGACAAGUAGCCAGAGUACUCCUGCCAAAGCCCCCAGAGUAAAGAGCAGUCCAUGCAUUUCCUCCCCAUCAUCAGCAGCUUGUGCUCCAAGCUGUGCUGGAGACCUCCCUCUUCCUUCAAAUACUGCCACAUUCUCUCUUAAAACCCCUCCUGCCAAGACCCGAUCUCCCAUCAGCAGAAGAGGCUCCAUGUCCUCUGUCUCUCCCAAGCCACCCUCAUCUUUCAAGAUGUCCAUUAGAAACUGGAUGACCCGAACACCUUCCUUAUCACCACCCAUGACUCCACCUGCUUCUGAGACCAAGAUCAUGUCUCCAAGAAAAGCCCUUAUACCUGUGAGCCUGAAAUCAUCCCAAGCAGUGGCUUGCUCUGAGUCUAGAAAUAGAGUAAAGAGGAGGCUAGACUCAAGUUGUCUGGAGAAUGUGAAACAAAAGUGUGUAAAGAGUUGCAACUGUGUGACUGAGCUUGAUGACCCAGUUGAAAAGCUUCAUUUGGAUCUGUGCUGCCUUGCUGGUAACCAGGAAGACCUUGGUAAGGACUCUCUAGGUCCUACCAAACCAAGCAAGAUUGAAGGGACUAGUAUGAGUGUCACAGAGCCUCCUUCUCCUGCCAGUCCUUAUGCUUCAGAAGGCUGUGGAACGCUACCUCUUCCUUUGGGAUCUUGUGGAGAAGGCUCUGAAGUGGUAGGCAAAGAGAAUAGCUCCCCAGAGAAUAAAAACUGGUUAUUGGCCAUGGCAGCCAAACGGAAGGCUGAGAAUUCGUCUCCACGAAGUCCAUCAUCCCAGACCCCCAACCCUAGGAGACAGAGUGGAAAGACUUCUCCAGGACCGAGAAAAUCCUUUCAACUGGUUCUACUGCCAUGGUGUACGUGCAGCUUCCUCGGAAUGAAUGCUGUGUUUAAAUUUCAUAAAGUAAGUUUGUCACUGUGUAACAUUUUGAAUGAGUAGUCUUUACUUUUUAAAUUAUGCAUCUUCUGUACAAUAAUGACAUCCCAUGUCACAGAGGCAAAAAAACAAGUGUUGUCUCUUGUUACUCUGAAACUUUCUGGGCACAGUGGAAAGUAUCUGCGGGCCAUAGCAGGAGGCCUGUCUGUGAAGGUCAGCUGCUGAAGAGGACCCUGGGUCUCUGCUGCUUCCAACAAAUACAGUUUCAUAUAAAAUAUAUAUAAUCUUUUCACUACAUUUUUGUGGGUUUUUUUAAGUAUGUGGUAAAAUGUGAUGUUUAGAUAAGCAAAUUUAUAUUGAUUCAGUGUUAAAAUACAAUAUCAAGUUAAAAUCAUCUUUAUUUUAAAAGCAGUGAUAAAUAUCAGCUCGUUGGAGAAACUUGGAGAACACUAGAAAUGUUUGUCUUUUUUCCCCCAUAUAUAUCUCCCAUAUGAGAUCUAAGGUUCUCAUAUUUUUACCAAGCAAUCUACUAUGUUUCCAACCCAACAUCACGUUCUAGAAGAGGUUAUAGUUUUUGCCAUUUACUGGAGGAAGAUGUUUAUAGAAUCAGUAGUCACUGAAGCUGGAGUUUGAAUUCAGUCUUCAGUUCUCUAGGGGCUGCUACUUUUUUUAAAAAGAAGUCAUCAGAUUUUAAGAAAAAGUAAUGAUUUUUUAUUGAUAUUUUUAUAAAAGUAGGUAGUUCUUAACUGAAAAUCCAGAACCUAAAGAGUAAAUCUUGACUUUAACCUGAUUUUUUGGAUUCUCUUUAUAUACGAAAAAGCAGUGAUCUUCUAGUAGAGCCCUGAGCCAAACAUCAUGGAAUUUUCUCUAGGUAUUUAAUAUAGAGUGUACAGACUGACUCUCAGUUAAUAAUGUGCAAAAUAUCUUGCGUAUCCCUUACCUUAACAGUUACGAUCAAUCAGCUUGAAAUGAACCAUUGUUUUAUAUUUUAGCCCUUUGUAAACUCAUAGUAACAAGCUCCGUGUACUUUCUAUGUACUAUGUCCUUGGAAGGGAGUCCCCUUCCAAUCAUGAAACUUGAUUCAUUAUAUCCACAUCCCUGAGGACUGUGUAGACUUUAUUCAUACUUUUGUCAUCAUUUUAAAAUCUGUUCUUAAUGAUAACUCUUUAAUUCCUUUGAUUCUUAUAAAUGAAGGUGUAACAACAAGAACUGCAUGGGUCAGUUAAGCAUGGGUUCUCCUGGUUUUAUCCAAGGAGAAAGGUAAAUAUAGGAAAGCCACAGAAAUGCUAUUUUCGAAACAAAGUAUGCCAUAGCAUUAACUGAAUAUUUAAGAACUACUUAUAUUUGAUGUUUGAUUUUUGUGUGUUUGUGGGAAGGUGUUAUUUAUGACCAAUACCUGCCAAUAAUGCAAUCUGUCUUUCUUGAUUUGAAAGCCAGUGAGGAAAAGGAUCCAUGAAAAAGAGAACUAAAGUAGGUGGUUUUCUUCUUUGUGUCCCUGCUCAUCUGACAGUUUCUGCUGAGUAAAAUUGGGGAUAAAUGUGGCUUUCAGAAACUGUGCUGAGAGUCUACUGAGUGUAACAUUCCCACUUGGAAAACUAGUACUUCAAAUGGGUGCCAAAGGUCAAAUGUAAUGAGAUAAUAAUUAUCCCUACUUGUGUCAGUGUCAGACUUUGAGCUGCUCCUGAAUAAUAAAGCCUUUU